AUGAUUCCUCAGAAACGCAAGGCGGACGCCGCAUCACCAGCAGAGGCUUCUGACGAAUCACCCCACAAGCGGGCCAAGUCUGAGAGUAUUGACGACAUAGUUAACAAGCCGGAUAGUAAUACUCGCUCUUCUGACGAGUCUUCAGAACACCAUGUCGAGCAAUCAAUCUCUGUGGCCAGCCCUUCGAGUAAUUCACGCACAGUUCCUGGUGAAGAGGACGAGACUGCCCUUCCUACAGAUCUACCACAGACAUGGGAUCAAGCAAGUGACGCGGAUAAAAUGUUGGUGAAGAUGAAGGAGGAGAACACAAAGAGCACCUGGGCUAAGAUUGAGCAACGUUGGGAACGAGCGACGGGGAAGAAGCCUGCUGGAGGCGUAUUGCCGGAUAGGUAUUGGCGCCUCAAAAAAAUAAUGGCAUCUUCAAAAGCCGGCGGCGCAAUUGGAGGAAACGUGGAGUCCAAAGUUGUUGAGGAACUCUUGGAGACUUCAGAAGACAUAUCCACGCUUCCAACAAAUGGAGUCAGACGUCCAAGCCCUGCAAUCGGCGGACCCUCAGAAAAGUCUUCACGUACUAUCUCCAAACUCUCAGAACCUGCGAUUAAAUCUUUGACAACUGAAAGUGCAGCUUCUGCCAAUGAGAUUGCCCCCGAAAAAGACUUUCCGCAGUCAUGGGAACAUGCAAAUGCCGGGGACCAGCUGAUAGUGAGAAUGAAGACAAGUCGAAAGGCCUGGCCCAGGAUCGAGGAAGCGUGGCAAGACUUGACGGGCGAAACGCCUGCGGAGGGUGCAUUGCGAGAUCGAUACAUGGGCAUGAGAGAACUAGUCAUUUGCCCAGGAAUCAAAGGCCCAUACACGAAAAGCACUUUUGACAGAGGCACUGACCAAGCUGUUUCUCGCCGCGCAAAGGAUACGCUCAGAACGCCGAGGAAGCAGAAGGUGGAAGCUGAACCCUCUGAGGAAUCUUCAAAUGAAUCUUCUUCUGUAAUUUCGAAGCAUUCCAAGAAUAUUGCACGUCGAAAGCCCCGUGGUGCAGUUGAAAAGCAGAUGAGAGCCAAUGCUUUUGAUGGACCGUCAGAUGAACGUUUUUCUAGACGUACGAAAACUACGGCCGAAGAAGCUAGCGAUGGGAAGCCGGAGACAGGAUUUUCGGAUGAAUCAGAUGAGUCAGAUGAGACCUCGAAGCAGUCAUUGACGGUGGUCAAGUCUGCGAAACGUCCACGCUCAAAACAUGCGAACUCCGGAGCUCAGAAUACAGCGGGGACUGCUGACGAGAUGGUGGUGGAAAUGAAAGAAAGAGGAUGCAAUUGGGUCGAGAUCAGCAAAGCAUGGACAGAGCGAACAGGCCUGACGCACGCUCCAGAUACAUUGCGAAAACGCUACGCUCGCAUGAAGAACGGUUCUGCUGCAAAGCUGGUAUCUAAAAACCAGGCUUCGAGCAAACGGAAGGUGAAAGCCACAUCUCCAGACGAAGGUUCAUUCGAGGCGUCAGCGAAACGUAACAAAUCGACGACCGAAACUCCUAUCAAACGCAAUAUGGACCGUGGAAAGCGCAAGAGUUCAGUCAAGUACACAGAUUCAACGACUGAUGAGGAUGAGCUCUUCGCUGCACCUGUCGAGCCUGUUGCCGUCGCCACCACCCCCGCCAAGCGUAAUGCUGGUCGUGCUGCGAAGGUAAACAGAAGCGAUCCAGAAUGGCUAGUGACCAACGAGAAGUCACCUCUUGCCGACGAAGACCUCCAUGCAGAAUUCUCCAACCCCAAGACAUACGAGAACUUCACCAAAUCAGACUGGGAGGACCUUCGCGAAACCCUUCCUCCUAAUGUCCCCAUCAAUUCUGAUGGGUACUCCAUUCCUAUGGCAUUCUUCAAGUACGACCCUGACUUCCGCCGCGGCAUUCGUGAAUUCCAGGAGGACCUCUCUUCCGGGCGUUUGGAUCCCAAAUGGCAAGCUGAUGCAGCUCAGGCAAUGGAGGAACGGGCUCAAGGGCAAUUUGAUGCGUACAAGGAAAGUCAGUUUGAGGCGUUCUGGGGACAGAAGCAGAAGCUGAACCAUGAUGCUCUUGCUGGGGAAAGCACUAAGAUCAAGUUGGACUUACUGAUACAAAAUGAGAUAUUCAAGGUCGGAGAUUACUUUAGCUACUCGAGGGUUUUUGGUCGCGGGAAGAAUGGGGUGCUCGUAGAGAAGGAUUGCAAGAUUGUCAAGGUCGAUGACAAAACACUAACAUUCGCCAUUCCUCCUGGGCAACGAAAAUACUCUCGCCGUAUGUUUGAAUCAGGACCUUCAGGAGAUACUACACUCGAAGCAAAAGCCACCACGGCCGGUGACGAUGAACAGUCCCCAGUCGAUGUGAAGAACAGUCUCAACGAUGCUGAAGCCGGUGUGGAUAAUGACAUCAACGCUAGAAAAGGGUUACAAGCUAGCGAAAAUGGUAACGGAGUCCUGACAACCAGUGAGAUGGCCGAGAAUGGCAACUUGCCGGACAUGGAGCCAAAAGAGGAUGAAGCCUUGCCAGAUAGUAAGGCGGAUGAGCAUGGUACUGGAGGACCUACGCGGUCAGAAGGCACCGCAAUCUCAGCAAACACCAAACCGCAAGAAGACGAGAUUCACGAAGCCACGGCAUCAGAAGGGGAUAAAGAAGACGGAGCAACUGUCCAAACCAACGGCGACGAUCAAUUGUCUGCAGUUGCCUCCCAAGACGAGGACGUGCUACACAGCAUCUCAUACCUCACCCAGCUCGAGAAUAAGAUUGUUGACAUCGAUGGCCAUUUCAAUUCCAAGGAUAUUGCAACGCAGAAUUCAUGGAAAAAUUUCCGUGGCAUACGCAAUCACCAGGAUCUCGGGACGCUCUUCGAGAUGCGCGAGGACUUCUAUGUCUAUAAGCACCCGCAGAUCGUGAAGAAGGCGAAGAGAAAGAGGUAG